AUGGCGUGGAAGAGCAGGGAGGCAGAUUUCCAUCAAAAACCGUUUUAUGGGAAGACCCAGAAGCUCGCGGGUGGACCUAGAUAUCAGAAGAGGCACGACUACGAGCGAGUACCUGCAGCUCAUAGCUCACACAAUUUUGAGGCAGCCGUGACGUCGAAUAGCAUAGAACCAGCUAGAAUAGCUAGCCAAAAUCUGGGAAGUUUUAUUUCUAAUGUGACUCCGCGAGUAAAGCUUCAGCAUAUCAACAAGGAAUCGGAACGGUUUUCACACCCACCGAGGCACGAAACUUCAACUGGUUGCGCGUUUUACACUUUAGGAGAUUUGUGGGAUUCUUUGGAAGAGUGGAGUGUGUUUGGGGCUGGAGUUCCUAUCCAACUUGCUAACGGCACACGUGCAACUCAAUAUUACGUGCCUUCCAUUUCCGGUUUGCAACUAUAUGCUCGAAGCAGCUCCUGGCAGUUGCCUGAGUCAAGGAACAGUGGCCCCGAGAGUGACUGCAGUGAUGUGAGCUUUCAUGAUUCCAGUAGUGACAGCAGCGAGAGCAGUGAUAGGAACGACGGUCGGGCAGGUGAUGGCACAGCAAAAACAGUCGAUGGCUGUGUGAUGGAUUCUGCCGUCGACGGCGCAUGGGUCUCGAAGAUACAUUUACCGCAGUCUCAUGUGAGGGAAGGGCUUCCCUCAGGAUUGGAUGCUCAAAACUCUGGCGACGAGUGUGCCGCUGUGUCGUGGGAUGCCUGUCAAGACUGUAAUGGGGGUCGAUUGUUGUUGGAGUUUUUCGAAAGGGCACCUCCUCAUGUGCGGUUGCCACUUUUCUCAAAGGUGGAAGAGCUGGAAGGGGAAUUACCCUGUCUCAGGCACCUUCGCAGCAUCGAUUUACACCCAAGAAGCUGGAUGGCUAUUGCAUGGUAUCCACUGUACAAGAUUCCAGCGGGGCCCAGUGUUCGUGAUCUUGGGGCAUCCUUCUUGACAUUUCACAGUCUCUCGUCACCAGGCCCAUCAGGUUCUUGUGUUCGCUGCAAUGAUGAUUAUUGGAUAUCCCCCAUGAAGCUUCCUCACCGCCGAUCCGCGCGGGCCGUGCGCGCGAGGGCGAGCGGGGCGCUUCCAGGCGACGUGGAUGCGAUAAUAGCGAGGGGACGGGAGGCGGGCGCGUUUGUGGAACACAGCGCGUGCGUGGUGCCGAGCGCGACUGACGGGCCGUUGCGCGGGCUGACGUUCGCCGUCAAGGACAUGUACGACGUGCGUGGGGGGCGAGGAGAAGUUGCCGUGCUUGUGUCCCGCUUCUCGCAACGCUCAUCACUCCCCCUCUACCCAUUCUCUGCGCUCUGCUGUGGGUGCGUGCGCGCGUGCGUGCAGGUGGCGGGCGUACCAACGGGCUUCGGCAACCCCACGUGGCUCGCCACGCAUGACGUCCCGCAGACCACCGCCCCCGUUGUGCAUGCGCUACUAGAAGCAGGCGCUACCCUGGUGGGCAAGGCGGCAAUGGACGAGCUGGCAUUCUCGCUGGCGGGGGAGAACGCGCACUACGGCACGCCUCUCAACCCAAAGGCUCCUCUCCGCAUCCCGGGCGGCUCCUCCUCUGGUUCCGCUGCUGCGGUGGCAGCGGGACUGGUGGACUUCGCCCUGGGGAGCGACACAGCAGGGUCGGUGCGCAUACCCGCCAACCACUGCGGCGUGUGGGGCAUCCGCUCCUCCCAUGCUCGCCUGCCACUCACCGGCGCUCAGCCGCUACAGCCCUCCAUGGACACCGUGGGUUGGUUUGCGCGCGAUGCCUCUGUCCUGCAACAGGUUGGAUCCACGCUCUUCCACUCCCCCUCCCUCGCCCCUUCCUCCUCCCCCACCUCCCCCUCCUCCACCCCCUCCUCCUCCUCCACCUCCUCCCCCUCCUCCCUCCGCCCGUUCACCGGCUGGCUGGUAGCGGAGGACGCGUUUGAGCUAGCAGACAAAGAUGCCGCGUCUCCCAUGCUCCGCGUCUCAUCCCCUUGUUCUCCCCCAAUCCCCCAGCUAAUGGAGGCGUGGCAGUGUCACGGGCAGUGGAUCACGGAGCACUGUCCUGCCUUUGGCCCCGGAGUGGCACAGCGCUUCCAGGCCGCUAGUGCCGUGGAACCGCAGGGGGAGCAGGUGGUGCAAGCACGGGAGAAGCGAGCCAGAUUCACAUCGCCCGUGGAGAGCCUCGUUGCGGGCGGCAAACUGCUCAUGCUGCCGGCCGCCCCCAGCAUAGCGCCGCUGAAGGCCGCCCCGCCUGCUGACGUGGACUCCUUCCGCGUGUGCACGCUGGCCCUCACCGUCAUUGGCGGCGCUGCCGGCCUGCCUCAGAUUACGGUCCCACUCACAACGCUGCACGGGAGCCCCCUGGGGGUGGGGCUGGUGGCGCCCAGGGGGUGGGACGAGGAGCUGCUCGCCCUCGCCGUGCGCCUGCAGACCAUACUGGGCCUUUCACUCUGA